GGGUGCUACAGGAACACUUUUAAUCUGAAUUGAAUCACCUCUUUUGCUUUCUUAGCCAAAUCAACAACAUGUCCUGUCAGAACAACAAUUUAGCGUUCUGCAAAAGAAGUUAGCAGUACCGGGGUUUGAUUGAAUUCAGGGCCUCAAGCUUGUUAGGCAGGUGCUCUACCACUUGAGCCACUCCGCCUCUUUCUUUCUUUUAUUGUAAAACCACUGAUAAGGAGGAAACAUUCUAAAAUGGAUCCCAAAUAUUUCAUCAUAAUUUUGUUUUUUGAAUACCUGAAAAAUACAUUUUUCUCAGAGACAGAGGCAAUUAUAACAGAAAAGCAGCCACAGUCUACUUUAUUUACAUCAUCAGUACCAACUAAUUCUCAAAACAGAACAGAGAAUCCUUUGGGUCAACCAGUACAAUUCAACACCAUUUCUUCUGGACAACCAAUAUCAUCUGCCAGAAUCACUGAUGAACAACCAACACCAGCUGUUUAUGUUUCUUCUGGAAAACCAAUAACCCACAUUUCUUCUGGAUCAUCUGCCUAUAACAUCACCAGACAACCAAUACCAAUAGUCAAUGCCUCUUUCCCACGAACAGCGCUACCUGUGUUCACCUCUGCCAGACAACUACCACCUUCUACUCAUACUCCUAUGAGACAAACACGACCACCACUUCUCUAUACUUCCCCUAAACAACCACCAUUACUUGUUCAUAACUCUUCUGAAAGACCAGUACUACUGACGGUUCACAAUCUAUCCACACAGCCAACAUCAACUGUUUAUUUACCCAGGACUGUCAAUUUAUCUAGGAUUACAUCAGAAUUCAUCACAGAACCUACCAGUAGUGAAAGAAUUCCACAUAAAACCAAUUAUAAUGCAACAGCUGCUAUAUUAAUUGGUGUAAUUCUGAUUUCUAUGUUGUUGGCUAUAUUUAUGAUCAUACUAUGGAAAUGUUUGAAAAAACCAGUUUUAAAUGAUCAAAAUUGGGCAGGAAGGUCUCCAUUUGCUGAUGGAGAAACUCCUGACAUAUGUAUGGAUAACAUUAGAGAAAAUGAAGUUCCCACAAAACGUACAUCAAUUGUUUCACUUAUGACCUGGAAACCAAGUAAAAGCACACUUUUAGCAGAUGAUUUAGAAGUUAAGUUGUUUGAAUCAAGUGAAAACAUUGAAGAUCCUAAUAAUCCCAAAAAAGAGAAAAUAAAAGAUCAAGUAAAUGGUACAUCAGAGGAUAGUGCUGGUGGAUCAACAAUCGGUACAGCUGUUUCUUCUUCAGAUGAUGCAGAUCUGCCUCUGCCACCUUCCCUUCUUGCUUUAGGACAGGAGAGUAACCAAUCCGAUCAACCCACAAUGAUAAUUGUACCUCCUCUUCCUCAUGAUUCUGCCAAUUUCCACCCAUCUCUGGACAGUCUAAAUCAAGCCUGUGAAGAUCAUAAUUCUGAAAUUAAACAGCCAUUUCCACCACAUUCUGACUCACUUAACUUGCCCCUGCCACCAGUAGAUUUUAUAAAAAAUGAAGAAAAUUUCAACAGUGAGAUCCAAUGUCAGGAGUUCCCUAUUCCUCCUGACUCUGAUCAAGAUCUUAAUGAGUCCUUGCCACCACCACCUGCAGAACUAUUAUAACAACUUGCUUUUUGGCCAAUCUCCCAUCUAUAAAUGACUCCUUCAUCUAUAAAUGACUUCUUCUUUUAUUGUUGUUCAUGUGAUAAAUGAUAUAAAAUAAGCAGUGGCAGUCAGUUUUGAUUUUUAUUCAAACUACCUAAAAUCUGUUUAAAGCCCAUGUGCACAAGCAGAAUUAAAAAAAAAUGUUAACAGUGAUAUAUUUACUAGCUAUAGUACCUAUCUUUAAAGCACAGUACAUUUUACAUAUAUGGAUGGUGUAUAUAUCAACAACCAUUUUGGAAACAAGCAAUCUACAUAUACUUAUUACUACCCAAUAAAAUUUCCCCCGAAAAGCUGUAUAUAAACUUAUCUUAAACACAGUUUUAUUUUUCCACCUCAAAGUUUGGUAUGGGGAGGAAUAAGAGACUAAAUAUACACUCCAAGUCUUAAAUUAAUACCUCUUGCUAAAUAAAUAUUCCAAAUUUAUGGGAAUGUGAUCUUAAAAUGUAUGUUUGAAGAAAGAGAAAUUUCCCUUUUUGAUCUCACUGACAAUAGUAAACAUAUUAAAACAUCAAACCAGUGGGCUGGGUUGGGGACAUUUACUCUGAAAAAAGUAUAAGCACACAUCAUAAAAUGUUAACAUUUCCUAUCAUGCUGGGAGAGCACAAAUUUUCUAAAAUUAGACUAUUUAAAAAAUUCCUUCUUUAUAUGCUUUAAGCACCCAAACAAAAUGAAGUCUUAUAAAGGAAGCAAGGAACUUUCUGUCAUUAUAAGUUUAAGCUUGUUCUUAAAGUUUUUUUUUUUUUUUUAAAGUCCUGGGGCUUGAACUUAUGGCCUACACCUUAAGUCACUCAACCAGCCACUUUUUGUGAAGGUUGUUUUUGGAAUAGGGUCUCACGAACUAUUUGCCCAGGCUGGCUUCGAAGCGUGAUCCUCCUAUCUGUGCCUCCUGAGUACCUAAGAUUAUAGGCAUGAGCCACUAAAAUGACAAUUUCCAUAACUAAAUUUUAAAUUUCCAUUAAUCCAUAAUUUGACAACUGAUACCAGAAUAGGGCUGGAAUUGACCUUUGUUAAAGUGGAGGCAGACAGUGGGCCUAUACUUGUAGAGAUGCCAGCCUUUAUCUACAGAAGUGCUCCUUGCUUAACAAGUGCUCCUUGCUUAAUAUGCUCCUUGCAUAUUUUUCCUUCUUAUUCCUACCUUAACUCCAGAAGAAAGAGUCAGUUAGAAUGAAAUGUGGUAACCAUACUGGUGGAUUAGCCUUGGAGAACCUCUCAUAGUUAAGGGAUUUUCAGAAUGGAAAACAGUACGUAUUUGUAGCACUAGUGUUCAAGAAACUAACAAAGCUUCAUUUGUAAGAAAUACCAGCAGGCUUUUGAACACUGGAACUUUACUUACAAUGCUUGUUCAUAAAUCUUCCAAGCUAUCCCUGGCAGUGAACAUUUUUUAUCUGCAGAAGCACUUCUUUGGGCUACUUAUUUUUCCCAAAUAAGCAUGUUUAUCAUCAUAUAACAUUAUUUCUCUUCUGUCUUCCAUGUUUAAAAUAUUUCUUUCACGUGCUUUUCAAACUUAGCACUUUCAGCAGUAAUCAGGAGUUUGAGAAUUUCUUGUUAUUCUUUGUAAUUCUAAGCAUUUUAGUUAGGGUAAACAAAAUGCCUUGAAUCAUCAAAACCCCUCUCAUUUCAUAUAUGAGUUAUCUAAAGGGCUUGUUCCACAUUUUUGCUCCUUCUUUCCUGACCUCUUGAAGGAUAAAAUAGGAGCUGAUGGCUGGUCAUACUCUUGUCUGAUUUCUUCAAACACCACUGGCAGUUUUUCUUCUGUUUUUUUUGUACAACAGAAGAACAAAUUACUGCCAGCAGCUGGAUUGUUUUUUAAUUCUCUGCAGGGGGGAAAAUAACUCACAUUUACUAUAUGCAAUUUUUCCCUACUGAGGUCAGCAGAAGCUGAGUAGUCAAACAGCGGCAAUCCAUGCUUAAUCGGCAGGAAGAAAUGGAACUAAUAAAAGAAAUAAAGGAGAAAAGAAACUGCUGGAGCAAAGAAAAACCUAAAGAAAAGAUGAAAGAAUUAGGAUCCAGAAGAGUGAGUUUAUGUCAAGGAUACACUAAAAGGACAAGGUACUUGGGAAUAAAAGGUGGACCAAACUUCAGACCACAUACCAGUGGUGCUCUUACCAGAUCUGCAUUAACCAGAUUCAGAAACAACCCUGAAGACCAUCUUAAUUAAACUCCUUUGUUUGUUACCUGCUGAGAAAAUAGCACUAGAGAAAGCAAGUGACUUGUUUAGAAAUAGUACCAAAAACUGAAUUUGCUUCCUGAUUCCUGGUCUAAUUAAUACUCUUCACUGAUAAAGAACCAAAAAGUGCCUAUGCACUAAAACAUACAUAUAUCACACAAGUAUUCUAUCUGGUAUGUAGGGCACACAAUGAAUCAGAUGAGAGUGGCCGUUAAUUAUUACUAUUUUAAAUUCUGAUAAAAAACAAAGUAGUGAAAUAUUUGGGCACCUGUACUUAAAACACUGUGGUAUGGGUAUAUGAUAAACAAACAGAUCAAUGAAAAGAAAAGAAAGUUUAGAAAUACACUCAAAUACCAAGUCAGUGGGAAUAAGUGUUGGGACGAGUGGAUAGACAUUUGGAAAAAGAUAAAAUUGGAUCCACAUUUCACACUACAUUAGAAUAAACACCAAGUAGACCAGAAAGCUAAAUAUAGGGCAUGAAAUUAUACAUGAAAUAUAAGAAAAUAUGACUAAAUUAUUUUAUAAUCUGAUAAGGGGAAAACAUCUUCCUAGCUGAGAGUCAAAAUCUAGACACAAUAAAAAGAAAACUCAAUCAUAUGAAACUUAUAAAGGUUUUUUUUAAAAAAGCCCAAAAUAACCCCCAUAAAGUCAAAAGACAAAUGCAAAAUAGAAGAAAAUAAGAAAAUAACUGCAACUUUAAUCAAGACAAAGUGCUAAUACCUAAAAUUUAACAGGCUCCUAAAUGGGGGGGGGGUGACAACAAUAAAUAUGUGCAAAACAUAAAGAGGUCACAGAGUAAAAACUGUUAAGUUAAAACGAAUGUGAAGAUAUAAAACCUCCCUUAUACUUAGAUGCAUGAGAAAUUACAGUGAGAUGCUGCUUACCUAUAGGACUGAUAUAAAUCUAAAAGUUCAACUACAAAGUCUAUGAGUCUAUACAAUCCUAGAUACACUGCUAGUAUUUACUGGACUGCAAAAUAGUAUAGCCUACAGACAAUACUUUAGUAGUAUCUCAGAAAAUUUCAAAAGCAUUCUUACCUUUUUACCCAGCAAUACUACUUCUAAGAAUCUUUUAAAAGACUUACUGGUAAAAAUAUGAAAUUAUCCAGACACAAGGAUAUUUGCUUAGCAUUAUUUGUAGUAACAAAAGUAUGGAAAUAAUUCAGGUGCUUACCAACAAAGGAUUGGUCAAAUAAACCACAGUACAUUUACAAAAGGAGUACUAUGCUUUAUGAAAUGAGUAAGACAGAUACCUAUCUACUGAGAUGGAGUGAUCUUCAAGAUACAUUAAGAAAAAAAAAGAACAAGAUAUAGAAUACAUAUAGUAUACAAUCUUUUAUAUAA